AUGCCGAACCUGAGGAGCAGCGACGUGUUGUUCAAGCAGAGCGUCUUGACUCCAGACUACAUGACCCUGUUGCAGAGCUUGUGCACGGUCACCAAGCCCAGUGUCAACGAUGUCACUACCAUCUUCAAAGAAUUUCGCCGUUCACUGAAUACUAAAAAAUCCUUCUCUACGCCAAACGAACUUCACCCAGGAGCAUCUAAAACGCAUGGUGGCAAGUCCGUGAACGAUGGUGCGGACGUCGACGGCUGCGGAAAUGCUGACAGUCAUUUGGGCUUCGAACGCUCCUGCACGUGGGAGCCCGGCAAGAAGCGAUGCUGGAUUGUUUCCGACUUCGACCUGUGGAACCGUAUCCUCGCCAGGAACUGCCUCGAAAUUCGCGAGUACAAGUGGGGCGAGAAUUCACUCGAGGGCUACCUGUGGCCCGAAAAGGCACCCGAAUCGCGGGACUUGCUUCGUGCUUCGCUCCUCGUCCAUCUGCUGCUUCGACAACACAGGUGCGUGACGAACAUUUUCUUCGACGUCGCGACAACUAUCGAGAUGUUCGUUGUCUGGCACGCCCUGAAGACUGGCGCCGCCGACCCCGAGCGACUGGAAUGCAGGAUGUGGUUCCUCGAUAUAUCUGACUCGGUGGCGAUACAGACCGAGAGAGUCGCCUUUUGCGAGGCCAUCGCUGCCACGAAGAAUAUAACUUUGCUGAAUAUUUCAAACAUCCUUUUCAACGAAGAAGUGGUGAGCAAGAUCGGCGUCUACGUGGAGCAAGCCACUGCUUUAACUGAUCUGCACAUCGUUAACGCCGUGGCUGAUGACACGAACGCAGCAGUGUUUCUGGACCACUUGUCUCGCAACCGAAGCUUGAAACAACUGACUCUACCCGAGCAACUAGUCGUCGCCCGGCAGGGCGAGGCGCUGGCAGAUGCCGUCCGAAACCACGUUGGACUGAUAAAACUUGAAGUCUUCGGGAACUUGCAAUUCAGCCCAUCUGCACUACUUGCAGCGGCGGUGCAGAGCCGUUCGUUGCAGUCACUCAUUGUACACAACUGCCAUCUUCAAGCAAAAGACAUAGAACAUAUGGCCUCCGCCCUUACGCGAGAUGGGCCAGCCCCCGGGUUCGAGCCUCCUCCGCCAACGAGCCCACAGUGCAGGGCUCAUGCCGAAGGCAUUGAAGCUAUGGUCCCUACAAGCACGAUGACAGGGCCUUCCGAACUUCUCCCAAACCCUCCAUCGAGCCCGAACAACAGUGAUCCCACCGAGGACACCAAAGCAAUUGCUUCCGCUCUUACGCAGGCGGAGCUACAUCGCGGAUUUGAGCAUUCCCCUCCAACGAGCCCGAAUUGCAGUGCUAACGCUGAAGACGUCGAAGCUGGGGCCUCCACGUCCACACGGGUGGUGCCGUCUUCCCGAUUUGAGCAUCAACAUCCAACGAGCCCGCAUUGCCCUGACGACGCCAAAAACGUGGGCGCUAGGGUCACCAAACUGACGCGGGCCGUGUCUCCUGCCGUAUUUGAACAUACUCCGCCAACGAGCCCGUAUGGCCAAGAUCACGCCGAAGAAGCUAUGGACUCUGAAAUUGCGCCGCACGACCCGCCUCCCGUAUCUGCACCUCUUUCGCCCACGAGCCUGCAUUGCCGUGAUCAUGCCAAAGACAUUGAAGCUGCGCACUCCGUACUCAUGCUUACCAAGGCGUUUCCCGUAUUUAAGCCCCCUCCACCAACGAGCUUGCAUGACAGUCACUGCACCGAAGACAAAGCUGUCGACCCACUUAGAAUGUUUUUGUGGAAUAUUUGGUUGAACGACAAGACACAGGGCACUGUAUACCGGGUGAAACGGCGAAAACGAAAAACAAAAAAACAAAAGGCCAACACAAGCGCCACGGACGCCGACCUUAUGCGGUCCGAUCCGCCUACAGAGUCUUCGCCUCCACCGUCAACAAGCCCGCGUUCCUGUGAUCUUGCCGAAGACAAGUCUAUGGACUCCGCACUUACUCGAGCCGAGCCGCCUACCGGACUUAAGCAUCCUCCGCCAAGGAUCCAACUUCAAUAUGUCACGUUUAUGAAUUGCAAACCAGGCGAUGUACCACUCCAGGAGGCGUACGCGAAACUUAUUGCAGGCACCCUGCGUCAUCUUCACCUCUUCAGCUGUGGCCUCGGUGAUGCAUUCGCGAAGUCCGCCGCAGCAAAACUUCGCUGUGACAGGAGGCUGCGACGGCUCGCCAUGGAAGCCAAUACUUUCACAGUCGACGCUCUUCGCCACCUAAUUGGAGCCUUGGAGGUGAACAAGACGCUGGAGUGUAUUGAGGUCACUCUAACAGGCAUGCAGGCGCAGGAAGCAGACUCCUCGUUCUUGGAUGUGGUUCGAAAAACCAACGCUCUUCCGCGUCUUUACAUCAACUGGAUGAACCCUCGGUCGUCAGACUUCUUAGACUACACCCUGGCGGCCGUAACGCCUUCCAUUUACCUGGACCUGGUUGAACGCGAUGCCGCAGAGAUGGAAAAGUCCUUGGCAGCCAUCGCCAAAUGUCGCGACGUCAACAUGGUCCAGCUCAAAUGUGCUACGCCUCUGAAACCAGUCGUGGUACAAGCGCUUAUCGACACUCUCGCCAUGGUCACGUCCAUAAACCAUUUGUACAUGUGCGUCAGCUUGUGCGAUGAAGACGUUGUCAAGCUGUUUGGCGCCCUCGAACGUAAUCGCACCAUAACCUUCCUCAACAUCGGCUCCAUCACCUUCCGGAGGAGAACCGCCACGGCGCUGGGGCGACUGGUGGCGAACAAUCGUUCCAUAGUCUUCCUCGCCAUUUGCAUUCAAGAGGAGGAGCCCGAAGUCGACCAUACUCUGCAGGUUCGCUACGUUUGCCGCACACUCAAGGAGGUUGUCGGUCGGAACCGUUUUCUCAUGGCCCUAACUGUGAGCCUGAAGUCUUCCAAGCCCUCCAAUGACCCCGUAAUGAAAAAAGCUCUUUCCCGCAACACGAUGCUGGUAAACCAAGCCGUUCGGUUCGUCGACGGCUCCAUGGACAAGGCCGACGCUUUGGCUUUCGACACACUGCGGCACUGUCAGUCGGUGUUGUUGGCCCUGCUGGUCCACAAUUCCCGCGCCGAGGCCACCAGUAAGUUAGCCGAGGCGCGACAGAGGCUCUCGUUAAACUACUUCCUGUUCACGGGUGUCGUUAAAGCCAAUAUUGUGUGCAACCGCAACAGCAAGGCAAAAAUGCGGACUAUGACGUUCGACAAUAUCGGCAGAAACAUGCAGGCACUCAUCUGUUCCUACCUCAGCUUGACUGACGUCCUGGACGCCUGAGGGACCAGAGUUUUUCUUCAAACGCCCGAGCAUCAAUCUUCUGACGAAGGCGACAUUUUGCGUCGACCCACACGCGUUGUCGGCACAUAGAAACUCCAUUAGCAAAAAAAAGUUUUAAAAAUAUGUUUUAAAUGAUGGCAGCUAAAUAAAGCUAUGUGUCUUUAUUUCAACCUUCGAAAAAAAGCAAGAAAAAAAG